AUGGCUCACGUUCUCCUGGACAGCGAUGCUUCAGACAGUGAAGGCGGAGGAGCUGAUGUUGCCCCCACCGACCUCAAAGUGAACGAGUCUUUUGCCCGACGCUUUGAGUACAACAAGAAACGGGAGGAACUGCAACAACUGGAAGACAAGCUGGGAAAUGCAUCUCGAAAACGCAAAAGAGCAGGCCAGGAACCCGCCUUUGAGAGUUCUUCGGAUGAAUCCACCAGCGAGUCCGAAGAUGAAGGGGUGUUGGCUACAGAGACGCUUGACUCGGAGAUCAUGGCCACCAUAAAUGCAAUCCGCUCCAAAGAUCCACGUGUUUAUGAUGUGAACUCCAAAUUCUACAAUGACACCGCAGAGGUCGAUCGGAGUCAAACGAAGCCGGCCAAAGAAAAGCCAAUGCGCCUGCAAGACUACCACCGACAGAACCUCCUUAGCGGUGUAACAGAAGAAGCCGACUCGGAGUCAACGCCGUUGACAUACAACCAAGAGCAAGAACAAUUGAAGAAAUCAAUAGUUGGUGAAAUACAUGCGGCAGCCAAUGCCUCGGAUGACGACGAGGAGGAGUCCGACAAUGUGGAGGGAGACUUCUUGGUCGCGAAACCUCGCCAGAAAGGGCCGAAGCCUGAAGUUGCCCUGGACGUGGACAAUGCAGAAAAAGACCCCGAAACCUUCCUCUCGAAUUUCAUGGUGUCCAGAGCCUGGGCUGCACCCACACAAGGCACUCUACAACCCUUCGAAUCAGACGACGACGAGGAAGAACGCAGAGCAGAUGAAUUCGAAGAAGCCUACAAUAUGAGAUUUGAGGACCCUGCAAAAUCCAACGAGAAGCUACGAUCACAUGCAAGAGACAUGGCUGCAAAGUACUCGGUGCGAAGGGAGGAGCUGAACCCCAGACAGAAAAAGAGAGAGGCUGAGAGGGAGAGAAAAGAGCUGGAGAAGCAACAACGAAAAGAAGACAAGGCUCGGCUGAGGAAACUCAAGAUUGAGGAGCUCGAAGAAAAGGUCCGGACCAUCAAGAAAGCGGCCGGCAUUCGUACCGUGGAUAUUCUCCCAGAGGACUGGUCCCGAUUCGUCGAUGAAGAUUGGGACGACAAACAGUGGGAAGAAGAGAUGCAGCGAAGAUUCGGUGACGACUACUACGCCGAAAAGGACAUCGAGAGUGACGCGGAAUCGGGGGAAUCAAAGCACAAGGUCCGGAAACCCAAGUUUGCCGAUGACAUCGACAUCAAAGAUAUUGUACCCGACUUUGAUGCGGAGGAAGAUGUGGGGUUGAAUCUGUCCAACGAAGAAGAGCCGGUAUCGAAACGGAAGAAGGCCAAAAAGGCAAAGGAGGAGAAGAAACAGGAUGCUAAGAAGGAGCGGAGGAUCAUCGAACGAUUGGUCGACGACCAACUACAGCUCGAACUGAACAAUUCUAUCCCCAGCAACUCCAAGUCGGCAGGAUUCCGAUAUCGAGAGACAUCGCCAAAAGAUUUUGGGUUGAGCUCGAGAGAUAUUCUAUUGGCCAGCGACAAACAACUCAAUGAAUUUGCAGGACUGAAGAAACUCGCUUCCUUCCGAGAUGCAGAGAAGAAACGCAAAGACCUCAAGCAUCUCGGAAAGAAAGCGAGGCUGAGAAAAUGGCGCAUGGAGACAUUUGGGAAUGAGGAAGGUGUACAGGCCAGUGAUUUGAUCCCGGUCGAGGAUACCAAGGAGGCAGGUGACCAGGCGGACGAGGACGGUGGAGUGGACAUCAGAACUGGAGGGAGUAGGAAGAAGCGGAGAAGGAAGGGCAAGAAGCAGAACACCGAUGUCUCUGCAGAGGCAUGA